AUGGGUAAAUCUAAAGGCAAUAAGAAAAGGCAGCAAAAGGAAGAGAGCGAGGCUGUGAUCUCUGAGGAGGAAGAACAUGCUUUGGACGAUGUGCAGGGUGUUGAAUCUACUAUAGGGAAUCUUGAGGUUGAUGUUGGCAACGGACAGGAGGUCCCUGUUGAUGUAGUGGAAGGAGGAGAUGCUGAGGAAAAGGCUACCUCACCAGCAGUAGAAAAAGAGGUAAUGGAUGAUAAGGAAGAGCUCGGGCAGCCUAGCCCCAUAGAGACGAGUCAGGAAGUGGACACGGGUGUACCAACAACCCCAGUCGGUCAGGAGACCAUGGUAACUCCACAGACGAAGGUCAACCCCUAUUCUCCCCAAGCCUCGACCCCUCCACAUCUCGGUACCACCGAGGAUGCGGUGGUUGAUCGGCCUGCUGAAGGGAAGGAGAUCCUCGUCCAGACCCCCUCUACUGCCGCAGUAGAGGCACCUCCUACAGAUGAUCAAAACCGGUUCAAGUGGAAGGUCCAUAACACUGAGUACCUCCAGAGUAGUCUCCGGGCAUCCCUAUCGACGGACUAUACUACUCCUAGAACGCCUGAAGCUGACACUACUGCUCCAACAGUCGAUAAUAGGAAAUUCGACGACCCCUCUGAAGUGAAGUACCCCUUGCAACAGCUAUUGGGACUAGCUGAGAAUCUCCCUGCUGGAGUCAACCCGGCCAAAAGGGAAGCGUACCUCUCGGAAGAGGACUUUACCACAGUUUUUGGUAAAGGUAGUGGAGCCUUUUACGCGUUACCAGUGUGGAAACAGCGGAAUGCUAAGAAGACCGCUGGUCUUUUCUAA